CCAUGUUGAUAUUUUCCUUCUUUUUUCGUCAUGUACCGACUCACAUGUAUUUGAGAACGAGAAACGAUUACGAAGGAAACCACGAGAAAUAUGGUGGUCUCAAAACGUUUUUAGUUGGUGUUCUGUAAUCUUGCAGAUGUGGUGAAAUUUUACAAAUGUUAAAGUGUACCAUUUGAAAUCUAUUGCAAGCUCGGGAGAAAACCUCGGAAAUGUCUUCAAUGCAUUUUGUGGUUCAUCCAUUGCCUGGAACAGAAGAUCAAUUGAUAGAUAGACUCAAAGAAGUAGCUGAGAGAUGGAACAGAUAUGGCACUGGAGCCGGGUCUUCGGCACUGAGCUCAUUGAGAGGAGUGCGUGCUGUGGCAGCCGGACCGGCCCAUAUCGCGUGUUUGCUUGAGGAUGGCACCAUAUGCCGUGCUGCGUUCUCCAUCAUACCGGAUAGAUUGGAUUUGAGCAAAGCUGAUGCCAGCAAAAAUGGAGGCAACGGUGGCGGUGGCGGCGGAGGCGGUGGUACUGGUGGAGGGAAGCAGGGCGGCAGCGGUGGUGGUGGCUGCGGCUCUAGGCAGCAGCCGCAGACUAGAGCUCGGAUCAUGAGGAGGAAUUCAAUCCGUGCUGCACCUAGUUCACAAGGCUCAACCAGCCGGGCGGCGGGUGUCAUAAUUGGGGCAUCAGGAUCAGGACGAGUGGUAUCGGUGCCAGCUCCGUUUGUUCCCGAAGAUCUAGUUACACAAGCACAGGUUGUGCUACAAGGCAAAAGUAGAAGCCUUAUUAUCAGGGAAUUACAGCGUACGAAUUUGGACGUGAACUUGGCGGUCAACAAUCUGCUGUCGCGCGACGACGAGGAAGGCGAGGAGCCGGAAGGCGGCGAGGGCGGCGACGGCUACGUGCCCGAGGACCUCAUCUCGCUGCUCGACGGCGGCUUCCACGCGGCGCAGCAGGACCACUCCGUCAUCAUCGAUGCGGACGCCAUGUUCUCCGACGACAUCUUCGGGUACGCCGCCAUCAGAAGCCGUAGCGGGGGCGGCGGCGGCGGCAGCAGCGGACGCGGGGCCGCGAGUCGCGAGAGCAGCAGCUCGGCUCAGGAGCGGCCUUCGGAGUUCAGUCGCUGGCGCGAGAGGCAAUACUUCGGCCCUCGCCGGUGGCUGGAGUCCGCUCUCCGUGACACCUCUUGGGAUAAAGACGGCGGUGAAAGCAAAAAGAAGGACUCUGCCAUGGCAGCUUCGCCGUUGUGGGUGUCUGAAGAGCUGGAGUACUGGGAUAGCAACAUUCGCUUCACUCACAUAGCGGCUACGUACAGCGAGCUGGUAGCCGUGUCCACUCAGGGACAGUUGCAUCAGUGGCGUUGGGCUGACGCCCACCCGUACCAACGUAACGAUGCGUCUGGGUCAAACCCGACAUACCAUCCUCGCGCUAACUGGCUGGGCUUGGCUGCCGGCGAGCGCAUUAUAAACAUCAGCGCUGCCGGAAUACGCGUUUCGGUACUCACUGACGCUGGCAGGGUUGCCACUUAUCUUGACGAAUCUAUUGCACAUGCCCCAGGUGCCUCGCGCUUAGAGCACCCACUUCAGAUAUUCUCUGAGUUUGGAUCAGACAAACCCAUAUCUCUGCAUGUUUGCUCACUGUAUACUGUCGCAAGAUUGGAUUCUGGUGCACUGUUUUGGUGGGGUGUACUGCCGCUCGGGCAGCGGGCUCGGCUGUGGGAGAAGCACCGCGCGCGCUCCCGCAAGCAGCAGCGCGGGCACUCGUCGGCCGCGCCGCAGGACCUGCAGGCCGGCCAGAGCGUCACCAUGAAGAACGCGCCCAUGUACCAGCCCGGCGCCGUCGGUUUCAACAUGUCCACCGGAGUGCCGAAAGUGGGCGUCCUGCAGAACGCUGCAUGGAACCUAUCUGACAUGUGCCGCUUCAAGCUGCUGCCUCCGCCGCAGCCGGAGCGUUCCGUCUCUGAAAAGGACAAGAGAGAUCUCCAGAAUCAGUCGCCGCUGACCGUCUCGUCAGUGAAGGCAUCCUCGUCGGGAAGCAGUAAGGACGCAGGCAAGGACAGCAACAAGGACAUGGCCGAUCGCCUCGACAUGCCGCCGCCGCCCAGCCCUGCUUCAUCCACCUGCAGCGAUACUAGCACCUCGCACAAACGUGCCAAGCGUGUAACCGUUCGCGGCGAAGAGGGCUCAUCUAACGACGGAUCGAAGCGCGACGAAGAGGAAUGGCCUCUCAAAGAGGUCGUGUUCCUUGAGGACGUCAAGAGCGUGCCCCUCGGACGUGUGUUGAAAGUUGACGGAGCGUACGCUGCUGUUCGCUUCCCAACAGUGGGCAAAGACGGCAAGGAGGUCGUGCCGUCGACUCCUGAUGACUGGACUGCAUUGUUGCAAGACUGCAGGCUUGUGCGCAAAGACGACUUGGUGGCGGUGAAAUGGGGCGCAGGCGGCGCGGCCGGCCCGAGAGGCCCAGAUUGCCUUCAGCGCUCGCCUAGAAAAAUCGCGUUGCCGCCUGAAGUGCAAGUCAUCACUAUUGCUGUUGACAGUCGCGGUGUUCACGCCGUAGUGCGUCGCCCAGGAGGCGCGCUAGCUUACGCCGUAUAUGCGGUUGGAACCACCCGCGCUCUAACUGAUAGCACAUUCCCCACCGAUCACAAUGCUCUGCUGGGGUACUCUAAUGGGCAAGCGAUACAACUGGCGACUGCUGCUGAGGGUAGCGAGCCAGUAGUCAUCAUGUUGGAUGGCAACAGCGCCCUAUACCCAGUGGCGCGCGACUGCGUGGGCAUGGUCCGCGAGCCGCCGCCAUUGAAUCUACCACCUGCGCGGGCUCUCACCGCGCACGCGUUGCCGCUGCAUCCACACUCGGCUGCCCACGCGCAUCACGCUGCGCUCAAGUCACAGGUGGCCCUUAUAAUCAUCGUGCCGGAACCGCAGCUGAUGAUGCCACGAGUACUUCGUUGCGAUCUUGACGGUGUCCGUCAACUAUUACACCAGUUGGAAACGGAUGCAAACAAGCAACAAAUCCUUUCGAUACUGCAAGAGCGUUGCGACGGCAAUAGAAACAUCUUGCAUGCGUGCGUUCACAUGUGCGCCCCAACGUCCAACAAGGAGCCCGAUAUAGCAGAAAAUCCUUCUAUGCCCAAUUUGGCUGGAAGCACGGGUGGUAGCGCCAACGCCGAAGAAGCUGUGCCUGCUCUGUCAUGGCCGCCGGAGACUUUCGAAACCUCUGGCGAUGAAGACAGCCUGAUGGGACUCACUAACAAUGGGAAAAUGUCUAGCGGGGGCAACUCAGGUGGAGGCCCCGUGAGCGCGGACCCGGCCGAGCGACGCGGCAACGCGCUUACAGCUCUGCGUGCGCUGUGCGAAAGCGCUGCGCUGCAGCCGCAUCUGAUGCAGCUGCUUACUGCCAAGGAUGGAAUGGGUCAAACGCCCCUAAUGGCGGCCGUAGCCGAGCGUGCAUACCGUGCUGCCCUAGUUUUGCUUGACGCGAUUCGCGCAUGCACCGAUGCUGACGAGACGCAGCGCUCGGCGGCCAUAUUCCCACCGAAUGCUCACCCCGAUCAUUCGCCGCUGCUCGUGCUGUGCUGCAAUGAUACCUGCAGCUUCACCUGGACUGGACAGGAGCAUAUCAACCAAGACAUUUUCGAAUGCAAGACAUGUGGACUCACUGGAUCUUUGUGCUGCUGCACUGAAUGUGCCAAGGUGUGCCACAAAGGACAUGACUGCAAACAAAAGCAGACGUCGCCCACCGCUUACUGCGACUGCUGGGAGAAAUGCCGCUGCAAAGCACUCGUCGGCGGCAACUGGGCAGCUCGCUGCGACUUGCUGGCCCGACUGGCUAGAGACACACAGCUCGCUACACACUUCAACUCUAGGGGAGAAUCGAUCCUUCUAUUCCUCGUGCAAACCGUCGGCCGUCAAGCUGUAGAACAGCGCCAAUUCCGCGCAGGCGGCGGGCGCGGCCGCGGCCCUCGCAAGCAGCCCGGCUCCGACGCAGAGGUCGAUGCCCCCGACCACGACCUGGAACCGCCUAGAUUCGCUCGCAGAGCCCUCUUGCAUUUACUCGGUGACUGGCCAGCAGUAGAAGCCGCAGUGAUGUGUGGCGCAGCCGUUAGCGGCGAAACUGACAGUCGGCCCGCUAGCCCUGUCCCCAACCAAUCUGGAACCACUCUACUUGACAAGUUCACCCACGCGCUCAUCGUGAAGUGCACUAACGAGAUGUUAGAUACUCUGCUGCAUACACUGAUUCGUGAGCAACAAAACGAGACCAUACCCGGUCGUGCCGAACGCGCUCGCGAAGUAGCGCGUCGAUUCGUGCGUUCAGUCGCGCGUAUAUUCGUCAUAUUCAGCGUUGAAAUGGCGCCAGGUGCCGCAAAGAAGAAGGGACCUCUCUCCAUCACAUCGUCCCUAGUCCGUUGCCGCCGCGUAUUCGCUGCUCUAGUAGCGUUAGCAGUUGAAGAGUUAGUUGAAGCUGCAGACUCGCUCCUAGCUCCCGUGCGUUUGGGAGUUGUGCGUCCGACGGCGCCUUUCCCACUCGCUAACACUUACGUGGAACUAGUGAAUGGCAGUGAGGAUCUAUUUGGCGUUGAGCCGUUGUCUACGGGGCAUUCCCGGCACAGUCACACUCGCAGGGAAUCAAGCGCAGCUGGUGGUCGAGGUGCAGCCGCUGGCGGCACUUCAAUGGGCAGCUCCACACUGGUCCCGGACCGCUCGUCCACGCCCGUAGCGACGGAGUACGCUGAUGACGUAGCGGGUGAAGCUUUGGGCGGCGAUGAUGACGCGUCCGAGACUGACGAGCCGAAUGCGCCUGCUCCCGUGCCCGCGGCUGAUGCUCAACAUCAUGAUGACCCAAUGGGUGACAGAGGGCAAGAACAACACGUAGUGGUUGAGAACGGCACUGAGCGCGCCGAAGGUGGUGAGAGCGAGAGUGAGUUGGACUUGCUGGCUGAAGUGGAGACUGAAUCCGACUCCGAUGAUCAAGACAACGCCGAGUCUGCCCAGCGAAGCGUGCAGACUGGCGCUACGCAAGGAUCUGACGCUGGCAUAGCCUCGCUGCUGCUGUACCCGGACGAAGAGAGCGGCGACUCCACGCAGCCCGAGGACGAAGACUCCGAGGCGGGAGAGACCGACGAGCAGGACGGCGAGACCGAGCCGCCUCUACAUGACGGCGAGCCGCUGGAGCGCCGCACCGCGCCGCCAUCGCGCCCUAACCUCGCUCCGCAUUCGAUGCAAUGGGCUAUUCGGUCCCGCGAGACGAACCGCGGUACUAGUGGCACUACUGGAGGGGUGCGCUUAUCUGGAGGCUCCUCGCUGGUGUUCAUCGACCCGGCUUCGUUGCGGCGCUCCACCGCCGCGGCUGCCGCGGGCGCUCACGACCCUCAUUCCACCUCCACCACUGCUUCGUGUUUGGCGCGGGCCUUCGGUAUUGUCAUCCGUCAAAUUGCCGACCUACUCUGGGAGUAUGAGCGCGUGACCCUCCCGCUGCCUCGCAUGGUGCCACUGGCGUACCGCGAGGCUCUUCGCCUGCAGUGCUAUUUGGAAAGGCAACUCAAGAACACCUGGGACUGGCUAGUCACUGUAAUGGACGCUACUGAAGCUCAGCUAAGAUUCGGCGCGUCGCUGACAACCAACAACGCUAGCACAUCGAGCACGGAUAGCGGGAGGCCUAACGCGCCCGCCGCUAGGCGUGUCACGUCGUUCUCGUCGCCCGCUACCCGCAUCAUUGGGUUCUCAGAAGGGCCUAGGGCAAGAGAUCGCGAACAAGGUGUAGAAGCAGGCAGCGCCCGCCGCGAGUUCCUGGCUUACUGCCUGUCGCUGCUUCGCGCUCACAGCUCCGAGCACGCCGAGCAGUUGCCAGUACUGGACGUGGCCGCGCUCAAGCACGUGGCCUACGUGCUGGACGCGCUCGUGUACUACAUGCGCGCCGCGCAGCCCCAGCCGCACCACCACCAGCAUCUGUGGACGCCGGAUGAAAAUGAGAACGAAGAGGGUGACGAGGAGAUGGUAGUCGGCGGUGGGGCCGCCGCAGAAUCAGACAGCGAGGGCGACGGGGCCCGCGGCCGUGGCCACGCCUUCUUCCAGAGGUCUGAUUCCACGCUCUGCCUGGGAUGCCCGCCGCCGGACCCAUUCAAUAUGACGAUGCAAGACGCUCUACCGCUGGCGGAUCAGCCGCAGCUACUCCAACCGAACGCGCGGCGCGAGGAGUUGUUUGGAAUGCCGCGCCAGCCUGUUACCGUGCCGGCUAGUGGCGACGCGCCGCCCGGGGUCAACAAUCCACUUGAAGUGGUCCCAAGGCGUCUGGGCCUAUCGACGCGAGGAACCGACCGUGGCUGGUCUCCACCGGCGCGACCCGCUUCAGCCCCACCGACCCAUUCACACACUUUGACCAGAGACGAACCACAGGACCUGUCCUGUGCUAAAGAUACAACAACUAAAAUGGAUAUAGACACAGAUGGUGAAUAUUUGUCAGAUUCAGAUUCAAAUGAAGCCAGACAGAUUCCAAGGAAAAAGCAUCAUAGGCACCCACAUUCAAUGGCAAUGUCUUCAGGCAGUAGUUCCAUGCAAGACACAAGUUCCCAACCAUCAGAGUUCCACACAUUGGUCAAUACUGCCUGCUCGAUCAUAGAGGCGCCACACGAGCAAGCCAUAGCUGCUUCACCAUCACCGGGCCCUAGCAGCAGCGGAGGCUCGGGCGAGCCGCGCGCGUCGUCCUCGCGCAGCCCUGGAAAGACUGUUAUUGUACGUGCUGGUGAGUUGUUGAGUGCCGCAGACCCGCUCGAAUCUCAGGAGAUAUCCGCGCACGUGACGGUGGAGACCACAGGCCUGCCGCCGCCGCCGCUACUGCCGCCGCUCAGUGCACCCGCACCACCACGUGCGUGUCCCUCUCUCGGCGCCUCAGUGUCCCACGACCUACUACUAGGCCGCUGGCGCCUGUCCCUGGACCUCUUCGGGCGCGUGUUCACCGAGGACGUGGGCCUGGAGCCCGGAUCUGUAGUAGCCGAGCUGGGCGGCUUCCCCGUCAAGGAGGUCAAGUUCCGCCGCGACAUGGAGAAGCUCAGGAACUCGCAGCAGAGAGACCUGACGCUGCACAAGAUGGAGCGUGACCGCGCGAAACUGCUGCAACAAACGUUCGCUGAGCUGAACAGUGCGUUCGCGGGGCAGAACCGCCGCGCCCACAGCGCUCAACCACCGCUGGCAGUCAAUCGCGUCAAGGUCACCUUCCGCGACGAGCCCGGUGAAGGCAGCGGCGUCGCUCGGUCGUUCUACACUAGCGUUGCAGAGGCGUUACUAGCAAACGAAAAGCUGCCUCCGCUCGAACCAACCACUGGCAGCGGAAGCAGCAACAGCAGUGCCAACGGCGCGUCGGGAGCGGCCGGCACCGCUGCCGGCGGGGCCAGCAGCAAUAGCGGAGCUAGUCGAAGUGGCGCCGGUCGCGCGCGUUCCAAGGACACCACGAGGCGCACGCCCGGCCGGCCCGCGCCCAGGCCGCCGGCGGCUCGCGAGCCGAGACGAGUGCUCAGCAUAGACGCCAGGCCGUAUUCACCACAGGCUGCACCGGGCACAGAAGGCGCCGGUUACAGCGGCGAAAGACCAGUAGGACACAAUGAACAUCUCACACUUCAUCAGGCACAACUUGGCGAACGAUUAUAUCCAAAGGUUCACUCGCUGCACCCGACGUUCGCGGGCAAGAUAACCGGCAUGCUGCUGGAGCUGACGGCGGCGCAACUGCUCGUGCUGCUGGCCAGCGAGGACGCGCUGCGGCAGAAGGUGCGCGAGGCCAUGGACCUCAUCGUCAUGCACCCCUCCGAGGCGAUACUCGAUCUGGACGUAUUCUCACUAUCAGAGCGCGGCGGCGGCGGCGGCGGCGGUGGCGGCGGCGGCAGCGGCGGCGCGGGCGCGGGCCCGUCGGCGCAGAGCGCGCCGCAGGACGACGCCGCGCCGCUGUUCUACUCGCCGGGCAAGCGCGGCUACUACUCGCCGCGGCAGGGGCGCGCCACGCCGGAGAGGAUCAACGCUUUUAGGAAUGUCGGCAGAAUCGUGGGGCUGUGCCUGUUACAAAACGAGCUGUGCCCGAUGUUCCUGAACCGGCACGUGCUGAAGUACCUACUGGGGCGGCCCGUGCGCUUCCACGACCUGGCCUUCUUCGACCCCGUCGUGUACGAGAGCCUGCGACAGCUCGUCGUGGACGCGGAGACGGGCGACUCGCACUCGCUGUUCGCCGCGCUGGAUCUCAACUUCAGUUUGGAAAUGUGCGAGGAGGAAGGCGGCGGCUGCGUGGAGCUGGUGGCGGGCGGGCGCGAGCUGGAGGUGACGGCGCUCAACGUGUACGACUACGUGCGCAAGUACGCGCAGCACCGGAUGCUGCUGUCGCAGGAGAAAGCUUUAGAGGCAAUGCGUGUUGGUGUUCUCGAUGUGCUACCCGAGUCGGCGCUGGAAGGGUUAACGGCUGAGGACCUGCGCCUGUUGCUGAACGGAGUGGGCGACAUCAACGUGGCGGCGCUAGUGUCGUACACUAGCUUCAACGACGAGAGCGGGGAGCCACCGGAGCGGCUCGCGCGCUUCAAGCGCUGGCUCUGGGCCAUUGUGGACAAGAUGACGCAUCUGGAGAGGCAGGACUUGGUGUACUUCUGGACCGGGUCGCCCGCGCUGCCGGCGUCCGAGGAAGGCUUCCAGCCGAUGCCGUCGGUGACGAUCCGGCCGGCCGACGACGCACACCUGCCCACCGCCAACACCUGCAUCUCACGUCUGUACAUCCCGCUCUACUCCUCACGCCACGUGCUCAAGCACAAACUCCUGCUCGCCAUCAAAACUAAGAACUUCGGUUUCGUCUAAAUGAUCGCUGCCAUUGUUAUUAUAUAUUCCUUUAGUUGUAAGCCCAGUUAUGUAAGACUGUCGUUAUGUUCCAAACGGCUCAUCCGGCUGGGAUGAGCGACUCUAUUUUAUGGAAGCCAUAACCCUCCUCUUAGAGUAAAUCUAUAGGUACUUACUAGUACGCAACUUACACAGCUGUAUGUUUUGUAUUUUUCUUUAUGCAUGUUUGUCAAUGCGUUUACAUGACUGGGUAUAUUUGACUGAAUAGUAAUAUUCAAUACGCAGUAAUAUUUCGUUCAAGGAGAGUAACCGUCGGAAAGGUCUGCACAAGUACAUGUAAUUUUUAAACUUUUAAGCUCAUAGACCAUAAGUAUUUAAUUGAUGAAGAACGAUACAUAAAUCAUUAUUGCAGAACGAUCUACAGAUUACUAGUUGAGUAUAAUCAUAAAUCAUUACGUAUUUACUUUUCUAAUUUCAUUAUUUAACCUUCCUACACUUAUUGAAGUAAUGGCCUAAUUUAACUAAUUGCAUUUGUUUGCUUGUCUCGUUUAUUUAUUAUCGGACGAAAGUUAAAAGGCAGCGUGACUCAUGAAUAUUCAAAAAUAUUUGUAACUGUUUAUAUAGCUUUGUUAUAUAGUUAAAAUUAUAUAAGAUAAAUAAUAAUAUGAUGGGGUAAUACUGCUACGUCAUGGGUAAGCUUGGGCAGAGAGGCGUUAGAUCCGAGCUGCGGUGGUUUUGUGAUAUCAGAGGAAGUAUUUAUGCGCCUCAAUUUCUAAAUUUAAGUUUAUAAUUAGAUUUUGACUUUGAUUAGUUGUAUUAAGGUUCAUAAUAAACAAUCUCAAAAUGCUUAAA